AUGGCUCUUAAGGAACCAUUAACGGCGUGGCCCGUUAACUCUGCUACUGAAACAGAAUUCCAUAACGAUCGUGCAAUUGCUGCAAAAACUGUUCCUGCCCGGCAAUCAAAUGAUAUAGAAACUCAGUCGGUGAACAUUUCGUGUACAAGACCGAAAAAUCCAGAUCCAUUAGUACGGAUAAAAUCAAUGUCAAAUUCAGCAAUGGAAAGAAAUUAUCAACAUUCAACAGAAGAAUUGUGUAACAAACAAAGUCAAGCAGAUUUUUCCGCUGUUGAAGAUCUUUGCAACGAACAAGGUUCAACAAGGUAG